GCACCGCGCAGCCGCCGCCAUGACCGCGUCCCCUUCGCAGGUGCGCCAGAACUACAACCAGGACUCGGAGGCCGCCAUCAACCGCCAGAUCAACCUGGAGCUCUACGCCUCCUAUGUCUACCUGUCCAUGUCUUACUACUUCGACCGUGAUGAUGUGGCUUUGAAGAAUUUUGCCAAAUAUUUUCUCCACCAAUCCCACGAGGAGAGGGAACACGCCGAGAAACUGAUGAAACUGCAGAACCAGCGAGGCGGCCGCAUUUUCCUUCAGGACAUCAAGAAACCAGACCGGGAUGACUGGGAGAGCGGGCUGAACGCCAUGGAGUGUGCGCUACACUUGGAGAAAAGUGUGAAUCAGUCCCUACUGGAACUGCACAAAUUGGCCACUGACAAGAACGACCCUCAUUUGUGUGACUUCAUUGAGACACAUUACCUGGAUGAGCAGGUGAAAUCCAUCAAACAACUGGGUGACUACCACACCUGGGGCCCAAGGACGUCUGUCUGCCUGGUGACCAUGGGCUUUGGAGCCAAGUGA